CCUCCUCCACGCUGCCGGCCGGCGCCAGGCACGAAGACCGAAUCGAAGUCCAAAUCGCGACACACAAGCUACGUACCCCGUCCGAUCCUCCACAGAGACCCGUCUCCCGUCUCCCGCGUCUCCGUAUCCGUCCCCGUCCGGUGUGCAGUGCAGUCCCGUCGUCGCAAAUUCGCAAAGUCGCAGUCAGGCCUCCGCGUUCCUCCUGCUUCUUCUUCUUCUUCUUCUUCCUCCCCGAACCCAACCCCAACACGACCUCAGGUCACCACCACCACCACCCGAGAGACCUCGCCCAACAUGCUCACCCGCUUCAUCACCGACGUAUCAACGCGCUUCAACCCUUUCUCGGCCAAGGCCAAGGCCGCCCGGCUCUUCCUCUCCUUCCUCCCUCCCAACGCCCGCUCCAAUGGCAUGAACAUCACCACCCAGCUUCUGCCGCGGAAUUCCACCGAGACUCCUUUGCUCUACGUCAAGUUCAAGGACGGCAAGGAAAUGAACCUCGACGUUGAGAACAUGGGCAUCAAAAGCAUUGUCGAGGAGGUGGAUCGCCACUCUCGUAUCCUUCAGAAGCAGGCCGACUUGAACGACGGUUAACCGAAUCUCUGUCUUUCUUUUCUUCUUCAAAACCCAGCAAUCUCGAGACGCCCUUGUUGUGUUUUGAUCCACCAAUCGAACUUUGCGGGUAAAACGAGGGAGACUGAGACUAGGAAAAAGGAGGGAAAAGCCACGGGAAGAGCGACGAAAGCCCAUCUUGUCUUGAUACCCAGACUACUUGGCUUUGGUCCGUGGUACCAAAAUGACGAUUGACCGGGAGGAGAAGAGGAAAAGUCUGGAUAUCUAAAGGCACAUUCGAAUCACCUGGGUAAAGCCAGCGAGCUUGGAGCCGGAUACCUGACGACCUCUCUGAGAGAUCUGUAAGAUCGCCUUACCAGCCAAAAAGAAGAAAACAACAACAAAAGAUAUGAACCUGUAUUUGUAUUGGGCAAGAGGUUGUAAGUGUACACCAACAGCAUUGGGAGGCGUUAAGGGGCCGGCGAUUUUCAGUUGGCAAGGCAGUUUGGGUACCUGUUGUUAUAGACAUGCGUAUAUAGCACCUCUGCCAUGGAUUGAUUCACACACAUCACGGUACGCCCAUUUUGACAAAGUCAAAGUUGAGAUCG